GCGCGCUCUCUCUCUCUCUCUCUCUCUCUCUCUCUCUCUCUCUCUCUCAGCAUCUCCCCCUCCAUCCCCCGCCUCUCCGCGCUCUGGAGUCUGGAUGUGCGAUGGAGAAGCGACGCGUUUAACCGGAUUGCUGUUGUAGCUGUUGGAGAGCACGAGUCAUCUUAUUUUUCCGCACUCUCUCUCUCUCUCUCUCUUUUCUCUCUUUUCUCUUGGACUUGCACUGUGGCUUUCUUUUAAAAACAUUGUUUUUGUCUCCUUUUUGCCCGGAGCUCAUGAAUUGAAGUUGGGCGCGUGAUUUCGGCGUGUCACCGGGGGGAGAGCCGCGCGCUCUUGCUUGCCGUUUCUGCGCACACCAUGGCGCGCGCCGGUGGAUACGAGCGUGUGAGAGGGGCUCUGGCUGGUGCAGUUUGGAUGGCUUUGCUGUGCAUCGUCUCCAGGACGCAGGGUUCUCAGACGCCACGUAGUUUUGUAGAGCUGCGUUUCGUGUUGGAGCCGCAGGACGUGGUAACAAUAAGAGGUGGUGUACUACAGCUGGACUGCCAGGCACGAUCUGACCGUGGCCUUCCCUCCAUCUCAUGGAAGAAGGAUGGCGUGCUGCUGAGCUCGGUGGUGGACGAGCGGAGACAGCAGCUGGCGAAUGGAUCACUUCUAGUGCAGAAUGUGGUGCACUCGCGCCAUCACCGACCUGAUGAGGGAGCCUACCAGUGUUUGGCCACUCUGGAGGGCGUAGGGGCCAUCGUCAGCCGCACAGCCAAGGUUACUGUUGCUGGUCCUUUACGCGUGGUGGUCCCCACCGAGUCGGUCUCGUCCUACAUGGGUGACACAGCAUUGCUGCGCUGCGAGGUGACAGGCGAGCCCAUGCCUGUAGUUCGCUGGCAAAAGAACCGCGACGAGUUGCCCCUGACCUUUGACCCCGACAGCAGGGUGGUGGUGCUGCCCUCCGGCUCACUGCAGGUCAGCAAGGUGCAGCCACCUGACGCUGCCACCUACCGCUGCCUGGCGGAGAACCCGGGGAGCGCUCGCACAGGCACGGACGCUGAUCUGAGGGUAUUACCAGAGCCUGGAGUAGUGAGGAAUCUGGUCUUCCUCCAGAGACCCAUGAAGGUCACGGCUCUACAGGGCAGAGAUGCUGUGCUGGAAUGUUCCGCCUCUGGCUACCCAACCCCCUCCUUCUACUGGAUGAGAGGCAGCGAGAUGAUCCAAAUCAGAUCGAGGAAGUACUCGUUGCUCGGCGGCAGCAACCUGCUAAUCAGCAGCAUCACGGAUGACGACUCGGGCGCGUACAGCUGCGUAGCGUAUAACAAAAACGAGAACAUCACUUCUUCAUGUGAGCUCUCUGUGCUAGUGUUGCCCCAGUUCUUGAACUACCCAUCCAACACGUACGCAUACGAGAGCUCGGACAUCGAGAUGGAGUGUGCGGUGACGGGUAACCCUCAGCCCACCGUGCGCUGGAUGAAGAACGGAGAAGCAGUCAUCCCCAGUGACUACUUCCAGAUCGUGGAUGGUGGGAACCUGCAGAUUUUGGGCCUGGUGCGUUCAGAUGAAGGAUUCUACCAGUGUGUGGCAGAGAACGAAGCAGGCAAUGCCCUGGCAAUGGCCCAACUUAUACUCCUGGAACUCGUUGUCCCGAGCUCAGGCGUCCUCCCCUCCUUCCCCCGGGACGUGACCCCCGUGCUUGUGUCCAGCCGCUUUGUGCGCCUUUCCUGGCGCCCCCCUGUGGAGACGCGUGGCACCAUCCUCACCUACGGAGUCUUCUACACGCAGGAGGGCAUCAACAGAGAGCGUUCGGUGAAUGCGACGGAGCCAGACAGUCUCCAGUUGACGGUGAACAAUCUGAAACCUGAGGCGGUUUAUAUCUUCAGGGUGGUGGCCUACAAUGAGCAGGGGCCAGGAGAGAGCUCUGAGCAAAUCCGGCUCUCAACACAGCCUGAAUUGCAGAUCCCUGGUCCUGUGGAGAACCUCCGAGCCGAGGCCAUGUCCCCGACCUCCAUCCAGGCCUCAUGGGAUCCUCCAGCAUACGCCAACGGCCCCAUCCAAGGCUACCGGCUCCUCUGGACCGAGACCUCCACUGGCAAAGAGCAGAGCAUAGAGGUGCUUGGGCAAAGCUACAAAAUGGAAGGAUUGAAGAAGUUUACAGAGUAUUCGUUACGUGUCCUGGCACUGAACCGCCACGGGCCGGGCAUCACCACAGAAGAUAAGCUCAUCACAACCUUCUCUGAUGUUCCGAGUGCUCCUCCCCAGAACAUCUCUCUAGAAGUGAUCUACUCGCGGAGUAUUAAAGUGAGCUGGCAGCCUCCUCCGGCCAACACACAGAACGGUUUCAUCACCGGCUACAAGAUCCGCUACCGUAAAACGGGCCGGCGAGGAGAGCAGGAAGCCAUCGAACCCAACAACCUGUGGUAUCUGUUCACAGGGCUGGAAAAAGGCAGUCAGUACAGCUUUCAAGUGGCGGCCAUGACGGUCAAUGGCACAGGCCCUAGCAGCGAAUGGUACACUGCAGAAACGCCAGAAAACGACCUUGAUGAGACCCAGGUUCCGAACCAGCCAAGCUCCCUGCAUGUCCGGCCCCUUCCCAACAGCAUCAUCAUGAGCUGGACACCCCCACUGAACCCCAACAUUUUGGUGAGGGGUUACAUCAUUGGCUAUGGCGUAGGGAGUCCCUAUGCUGACACAGUACGAGUGGACAGCAAGCAGCGCUACUACUCCAUUGAAAACUUAGAGCCCAGCUCCCAUUACGUGAUCUCACUAAAGGCCUUCAAUAAUGCAGGAGAAGGUGUACCACUGUAUGAGAGCGCUGUCACCAGAUCCAUGUCAGAUCCUGUUGACCCAUCAGACGAUGAUUUGUUCCAUCUGUUUGAUAAUUUUCCCACCCCCAUCCCAGAUACGUCCACUCCCAUGAUCCCCCCUGUAGGCGUGCAGGCUGUGGCUCUCUCCUCGGACUCAGUCAGGGUGAGCUGGGCCGAUAACUCCAUGAGCAAAAACCAGAAGAGCAGCGAAACGCGCUAUUACUCCGUCAAAUGGAGGGGCAGUCACUCCAGCAGCAGCAAGUACAAGUCUGCAGACACCACAGGACUGAGUCACACGGUAACAGGUCUGAAGCCCAACACCAUGUACGAGUUUGCUGUCAUGGUAACGAAAGGCCGCAAGUCGAGCACCUGGAGUAUGACGGCACACGCCACCACGUAUGAAGCAGCACCGAGCUCCGCCCCGAAGGACCUGACUGUGAUUGGUCGAGAGGGUCGUCCCAGAUCAAUUCUCAUCAGCUGGCAGCCGCCACUCGAAGCUAAUGGCAAGAUAACAGGUUAUAUAGUGUACUACACAUUGGAUAAGAACAUGGCCAUCGAUGACUGGGUGAUGGAGCCCAUUAGUGGAGACAGACUCACCCACCAGGUCAUGGAUCUGAAUCUCGACACUGUCUACUAUUUCCGCAUCCAGGCCAAAAACGCCAAGGGGGUGGGGCCUCUCUCUGACCCCGUCCAGUACAGGACAUCCAAAGUCGAACAUCCAGACAAGAUGGCCAACGACCAAGGUCGUCAUGGAGACAGUGGCUACUGGCCUUCGGACAAUAACCUGAUUGACAGGAGCAGCCUGAAUGAGCCACCCAUUGGUCAGAUGCGGCCUCCACAUGGCAGCGUGACUCCACAGAAGAACAGCAACCUGCUGGUGAUCAUCGUGGUGUCUGUGGGCGCCGUCACCGUUGUCGUCGUGGUCAUCGUGGCUCUCAUUUGCACGCGCCGAUCCUCCGCACAACAAAGGAAAAAGCGGGCCACACACAGCGCAGGGAAAAGGAAAGGAAGUCAGAAAGACCUGCGACCUCCUGACCUGUGGAUCCACCAUGAGGAGAUGGAGCUGAAGAACAUCGAGAAACCGUCCAGCUCCGCCCCGUCCGGCCGAGAAUCGCCAAUCCAGAGCUGCCAAGAGAUUGCCCCUGUCAGCCACAGCCAAUCAGAGAGCCAGAUGGGCAGCAAGAGUAGCCACUCAGGUGGUGACGCAGAUGAAGCCUCCAGCGGCAUAUCCACUCUAGACCGCUCCCUAGCCUCACGGAGGGCGACUCGCUCAAAGAUGAUGAUCCCUAUGGACUCUCAGCCCAGCAAUACACCGGUGGUCAGUGCCAUCCCGGUUCCCACGCUGGAGAGCAGUCAGUACCCGGGCAUCCUGCCGUCUCCAACAUGUAGCUACACCCCUCAUUCUAAAUUCACCCUCAGGCCGAUGCCCUUUUCCACGCUCACUGUGGACCGAGGCUAUGCCGCAGCCAUAACCACAGAGACCCCCCAGCCUCAGGCGUCUCUGAUCCCCUCCGUGCAGCCUGAAGCAACGGGGGCAGAGGAGAUGCCGAGCCGCUCCAUUCCCACGGCGUGUGUAAGACCCACACACCCCCUGCGUAGCUUCACCAACCCCCUCCUGCCCCCGCCCAUGGGCACCAUCGAGCCCAAAGUCUACACUCCCAUGAUGCCACAGCCAGGUGGCAGUCUCCCUAAACCCCAAGUCAAGACAGCUUCGUUAGGACAGGCUGGGAAAGCCAGAUCACCGCUACUUCCUGUCUCCGUUCCGACAGCACCCGAAACCGCAGAGGAAGGGCAGAAACCAGCAGAAGACCCCGCAAGUGUAUAUGAGCAGGACGACCUGAGCGAACAGAUGGCCAGUCUAGAGGGACUGAUGAAACAGCUGAACGCCAUCACCGGCUCGGCAUUUUAACGUCGGGGACGAACCGGCGGAAUCUGUGAUCUAGCGGAGGGCCGGCAUGCCAUGAACUGGGCCACCCACCUGUGACUUUUCAGACUCUCUGGUGUCCCGUGUCCCUCUGCUCCGGCCUUUAUUCCACUCAUGCGUUCAUCGGCAAAAACCCUGCGAUGAGACAAAAAAAAGGGGGAAAAAAAUAAAUCACAUGCAAGACUCAUAGAAGGGAGCUCUGUUUAGAGCUGGGCCACCUCAAGAUGAUUCGUUCACCAACGUUUUUGUCUUUUCUUUGCUUUCCACUCACACUGCAGCUUUGGCAAAUAUAAAUAAGAUGGAGAAGACUGGGCUCAGAAAAUGACACACUGUUUUCUCAGGUCCAUCUCUCUGCUGCUCUGUCGCUCCAUCUUUCCAAAAACUUUGCUGCGCUUUUCCAAAACACACAGAUCGUGACUUAAAUACUGCUUUGUGACGAAACAAGUCCACACUCGGUGGAUCGGGAAAUAAACAAUCCAUCUCGUUGCAAAUAUACCUCCAUUUCCUGACCAGUAGUUUGACCUACUAUGACUGUGUUAUAAUGCACAACUUCUAUACACUUAUCGUACCCUGUAUUACAUCAGUUUCAUUUCUUUCAGACACAUGAUGAAGCGUAUGAGCAAACAGUGAGACAUUACAGCAGCCAUGUUUUUUUUCCCCGUCCUCCGUCCAGCUAGAGGUGAGACGUCGCAGCUGGAAACCAGUGAACGAAACAAACACUGCGAACGAGCAAUUUCACUUCCACCCAGGCUGUUAUUUUACAGCUUUCCACGUCUACGCUGCGGGGCGUGAUGGCGGUCUUGUAGAUGAAAGACCCUGUCACAUAAAACGGUGUCAACAGCAAAACAUGCUGCUGCGUCAACACAUACCAUGUUUUACUUUUCUAUUCCUUUUUUCCCCCCCCAUCAUUUGUGCUUUGUCAAAUCUUGUAUUUUUUUUUUUUUUAUACAUGAGUGGGAGACAAAUAUUUGGAUGUGCCUCUAUUUUUUUUCCCUUUAUUUAUUGAUGCUGUCUGAAAGCAUCAGUGCAUAUAUUAUUUUAUUUUAUUUUAUUUUAGAAUUGCACUUGCGCAAACCUGCCAGAUAGAAAAUCAUUUGCAGGGCAAAAUAUGAAAAAAAAUAUGGAGGAAGAAGACGAGCGCCCGUGUCCUGCCAUUCCUUACGCCCAGAACAAGGCAUGGCGCCUACAUCAGAUAUUUUUCUUGUAUGCUGUACGCUGUACAUGUGUAAACUUUACUAUGGACAAAAUCAUGAACACUGUAGCAAGACAAGAAAAUAUGCUGUUUUUUUGUAUUGUACAGUUCCAAUAGAGCAAUUGAAGGGGAGAUCGUUAGUUAGGUGGUUUUAGGGGUAUUUUUUUUAGGGCUGGAGGAGGGGGGGUAUUAGGGUGGGAGGAAGGGCUGACGGGGGUUUUAAACCAGUAAAUUUAAUAUAUUGUUUAGAGUGUUCCUCAGUAAUUUAUCAUCAAGAUGGUGUGUCCAUUCUAUAAAUUAUUUCUCCAGUUAAAAUGAACAAAAACAGGACGUUGAGAGGAGUGAAUCCCUUACGCUAGUACGCACUUGCUCGUACAGGAACAAUAUGAGAAAACUCAAUUUUGCGUGGUUAGUGGUUCAGCAAUGAAGGACCAGAGUCAGAUCAAGCUAUUUUUAUUAUUUCUUCCAAAUUAGUUUUAGUCUUGACUUGAUUUCCAGUAUAAAUUUAGUUCCAAUAAGUGUCUAAUCAUUUGCCAAUUUGCCAACAGUUUGCCAUUAAAAAAAAAAAAAACAUGUUUGCAAAUUGGGUGUUUAUUAAGCUAAUUAUCGAUUUAAUAUAAUUCCCUCAAUUUGGACAUUUUGAUUAAGAAAUUGACCUCACUAAAAUACUACAUUGAUUCUAACAUUUCUAACCAAACCCCAAUACUGUGACAAACUUUUUAUAUAAUAAAGCGAAACCAAUAUCGUAUACGUAUUUUUCCAUCCUUCUUAAAUUGUCCAAUUUUAGCGUUGUUAACCAAACUAGAGUAGACAUUGAAAGGUACAAGUGUACAUUUUGUUGCCAUUUGAACGAGGGGAGAACGUUGCACACCUUCGAAAGUGUGAAACACACCCCCUUUGGCCAUUUCUACACACGACGUUGUAUACAAUUGCUGGUUUUGUAAUGCACUGUAGAACAGUCUAAUGGUCCUUUUUUAUAUAGAAAUGUUAUUUCAAUUGUGCAUUCUUUUGGUUUGAUAAAUAAAGUUUUUGAUAAUAAAAAAACAAGCAUCACUUCUUUCAAUAGUAUUUGAUUUACCUCUGUCUGGAAUCCCUCUGUCAUUCACUGCUUUGUAUAGAUCACGAAACGGAAAACUCAUCAUCGUGACCAGCUGUUAUAAUAACAAUCAACUAGGCAGGGGUCUCAAACUUAUUUAAGGGAAUGGGCCACAUUAUGCUUAGUCUAACAAUACUACAAACAAUACCUUUCAGAAAACUUCACUUUUUGUAAUCUCCCAAUCAUUCAGGUUUCUUAGUGGGUGGGUGUGGGUGUGUGGGUGGAUGGUUCAAGUGAGAAAAACAAACAUGACAAAUAUGAUGACGUUUAUGACAAGUUGAAAGAUUUAAUUGCCGAGAUUUCCAAGGUUGCAGUUUAACUAAAAACAACAACUUGUCUACUUUUGGGGACAUUCUCCACUACAUGAUGUGACGCCUCACUUUAACUGUGGCUGCGUACAGCCAAGUAGUUCAAAUUCUCUUGACUUUCUGCUUCCAAAACUACAGUUAAAGACAAACAACCUCCUCAUCAACCGAUCUUCAUCGUUAUUUCAUCUGCAUCACUGAGAAUAAUAAAUCUAAUCUAAAGAGCUAGCCAGGUUAGUUAU